AUGUAUCUCAUUGUUGAGCAGCAGACCAGCAGAGUCAUCAACAUCUUCAAAGUCAGCAAACAUCCACAUGUCACACGCAAUACACACACACUCGCGCCCGACCUCAAGUGGCCCCUCAUAUUCGCCAAGGGGGGAGGCCUGGAAUGGGACCGGGGCAGCUGCCACCGUAUCACCGUCGCGCUCAAACUUGGGAGGUGA